AUGGAAUGGGAUAGGCAGUGGGUCAACCCAUGGAUUUUAAUACCUGAAGGUAUCUCCAGCCUUGAUGCAAACUCAUGUUACAGAAAGUACACUGCCAUUGGACUGCUGGGCAAAGCUACUGAUACGUUAGAUGCCACAGGAAAAGUAACUGAAGAAAAACCUUAUGACCAGAUAACAAAAGGAGAUCUUGAAAAUGUCCUGCAAAAGUUCACAGGGGACAUAAUGCAGGUUCCUCCACUCUAUUCUGCUUUGAAGAAGGAUGGAGAAAGGCUGUCAACUCUGAUGAAGAGAGGAGAAGCAGUCGAAGCAAAGCCUGCUCGGCCAGUACGAGUGUACAGCCUCUCUCUCCAGCAGUUCCAGCCACCACUCUUCACACUGGAUGUUGAAUGUGGUGGUGGCUUUUAUGUCAGGAGCCUGGUCAGUGACAUUGGCAAAGAACUCUCUACCUGUGCCACUGUGCAGGAGCUGACCCGCACCAAGCAAGGGCCAUUCACGCUAGAGGAGCAUGCCCUGUAUGAAGACAAAUGGACAAUUGAUGAAAUUGCACAGUCCUUAGAGCAUUGCACGUCCCUCCUCCCAGGAGACCCAGCUCAUAAAAAAUUGAAGGCAGAGCAUCCUGGUGAAGCUGCUGUGAGCUGUGAAGAUAAGUGAUAAGUUGGGUCAAGGAAAAAGACUGAAUGAUUGAGACGUUUUAAGAUUGGAUUGGGAUUGUCUUGCCUCCUGUGUAAAUUUACAAGUCUGUAGUGGGGAGGGUGACAAACUGCAGUGCAAGAAAAAUGGUUCUUUUGUUUUCUGUGGUGAGACCAUGCACCAAGAAUAUCCAGCGCUUGCUGCUUCCUGAUCUGGUUUUUGCCUUUUGCACACUGGAGGUGGGUCUGCUACUGCUCUAAAAUCUUCGUAAACUUCUAAGAACUUGCAGGGUACAAUAUAGUUGUUGUUUCUUAUUCCUCAAUAAAAAAAAAAAC